AUGUCAGUGAUGGAGAAACGUCAGGACAAAUCUGGUUACAGUUUACAGAACACAUCGAAUUGUCCACUCUGUGAUCGAUUGCUUAAGGUUACGAAAACCAAACAGUCAUUGGCAAAUUGUGAAAAAGAAAAACCAGUUGCAGUUCUGUCUAUCAUAGGAGAGGCCAAAAAGUAUUUGCCUAAUGAGACGAUUAAAACUCAACUUAAAAGUGGUUUGCUUGAAUUAAUGAAUACAACAUAUAUAUGGAUAAUAACUGAAGGACAAGAUACAUGCAUUGGGCAGAUUGUUGAAGAAGUGAUUCGAGAAAACACAGACAAAAGUCAAUCCUAUUGUAUCCAUAAGGAUGGUUUUGCACGAAUCAGUAAUAAAGAUAGAAUCACAAUUAUUCAACCACACAAAGGUAACCUAGAAGUUUGCAUUAAAGAACACUUAGAGAUCCCGUUGAUAGUUAUGCUUGUUGGUGGUGAGAAAGACUCGUUUGAAGCCGCUAUGGUGAAUUUAAAUAGAAGUUUUCCUGUUUUGGUCAUAGAUGGGUCUGGGAAAGCGGCAGACUUUAUAUGUAAGGGAUUCAGAAUGCGUACGAAUAACAGCAGUGAGGAAUCUAAAUCUGAAUUGAUAGAAGCGGCAAAAAUGCUUUAUGGUUCAAAUGAUGAAGAGUCGAAUACAAUGCAAACUAAAUGUGAGGUGUUAAUAAGGCAACUACAUGAUGAAAUGGCGGGAAAUUUAAAAUCGAUCCAUGUAUACUCUGUACAUGACACAACAUACACAUUAGACAGAACAAUUCAGGAUAUAUUAUUUGACGUCUUUUACUUAGACGAAAAGAAUGAAGACAAACUUACAGAUAACAUAUUACAUUUUGUUGAUUUAUGGAAUAGACCUGAUAUUGCAGAGAAGGAAAUAUUCAAGUUAGAAAACAGUAACGUUUUGGAAAAAUUACAGAAAAAACUUUGCAUAAAAGAGAGCAAAUUAUCAAAGCUGUUCACCAAUGCAUUAAAGGACGAUAGGAUUGACAUGGUUAGACAAGUUCUCGAAUAUAUUUUGGACAGGGAUCUGUAUAAAACUUUCUUAGAUCACUCACUUGAAGGCUUAUAUGAGACCGACGGCUGCCUUGGAAAAUAUAUUUUCCCAGAAUUAAAGGAUAAAACACUUAAACAAAAGAAAAUUGUGGACAUGAUUAAUGAUGCUGUUAUUAAAAUACUCGGAAGUGAAGAUAUGAAGCCCUUUGAGAAAGGUGAUGAGAUAUGUAUAAAUGAUAUUUUCAAGCACCUGUUUAUCUGGGCAGUGCUUAUGAACCGCAGAAAUUUGGCCAUGUUGUUUUGGAAGAGAGACGGUGAUUAUAUAUGUUCUGCAUUAUUUGCAAGUUCACUUGCUAAAAGGUUAGCUGAAAACGCCAGCGCUGAAGCAUUCAUGAAUGAACAGACUGCUUUAUGGGAAAGUUCUAGACAAUACGAAGACCUUGCAUACAGUGUGAUGACAGAGUUAUAUUUAAAUGAUAGAAAGCACGCUCGCCAACUGUUGGUGACAGAAGUGAAAAGAUAUAAUUCAACUACGAUUUUUGAAAUAACUGAAAAGUUCACACUGAUGAACUUUAUGGGACAUGCUGCAUGUCAAACAAAGCUGAAUAAAAUUUGGAAAGGUCAAAUGAAAGGGGAUACAUCAAAUUUAAAGGCAAUAGCUUUUGCUGUUACUUUGCUCCCUAUAUUGAAAUGGGACAUAAUGAAGUUAGACAAAACUGCCAAGAGAGCAAAAGUCACUCAAUCGGAGAGUUUAGGUACAAAAGGCCAGGAGAACAAUACUUCAUGUUCACAAUUUGUACCUAACUGGAUGAGGAAAAUAUAUUACUUUUACAACGCACCUUUGAUCAAAUUCCUUUUUUCCGUUUUAACGUACCUGGCAAUGUUGGUGGCAUUUAGCAUGUUUGUACUGACAGAUUUACAUCCCACGGAAGAAAAAUUUCCAUCAAUUUAUGAAUACAUUGUUUAUGCAUGGGCUGCAUCAUCUUUAACAGAAGAAAUACGGCAGGCUAUUGCAAUGAAGCACUUUCAAAGUUUCGAGUGGAGGCAACUGACCCUGAAUGCAAUGACCUGGUUCUCUUUUUGGACACUGUUUGAAUUGAUGAUGUACUGUAUGUUUAUCAUGUCUGUAAUUCUUCGAUUUAAAUUGUCAGCUGUGGACUUUCAUAAUGCACGAAUGAUGUAUGCAGUAACAUUAGGAACAUUUAUCAUCAACAGCAUGCAGUUUUUUCUUGUUUCCAAACAGAUUGGACCGAAAGUUAUUAUGAUUGGAAGAAUGAUGUUCGACGUCAUUUUCUUCAUCUUGAUAUUUGCUGUAUUUUUAUUUGGCUUCGGAGUCAUUUACCAAGCAACUAUGUACCCAAAUACAGAACCUGGAUUUCCACUUUUUCAGAAUCUCGUAUAUAUGCCAUAUUGGCAGUUGUAUGGAGAAUUAUUCCUAGAACAAUUUUACGGUAACUUAUGUAUUCACACUCGUUGUAAAUAA